AUGUGUGACCAGGGGACAGGUAUAUGUGAAAAUUGGAAAACAGAAAUGGUUACAAACCAAUCAGCGUCUGGCGAAGACACAACUAUUACUCAGGAGAUGGACGUCAUACAAGAUUGGAAAAAGCAAAUUACUACACACAACAUCGCCUCUGAUGAAGAGACAUAUAUUACUAAGGGAAUUGACGUGAGACAAGAUGUUGGGUCCAACAGUGGAGAUCAGACUCGAUCCAUCAUUUUACUAUCUGUUCUCGUGGUGUUGGCUGUGUUUUUGGUCUUUACUGUGGUUUUCUUCUUUAAAAAAGGAGCGAAAACACAAAAAGUAAAAACAAAUGAGGAAAAUGUCUUUUCCGUGGAAUUCCAUCGAGUAGAAUCAAGAACUGAAUCCGAACUAGAGGAGAUUCCCCAGAACGAGGUUGGCGAUGUUGAGGAUGAAAUCAUCACCGUAGAGUACAGUAAUCUGACGUCACAAAGGGUCUCCGUUGAUCAGUUCAUCAGAGAAUUACCAGAAAAAAGAAGCAACGGAAUACUGGAGAAAGAAUUCGAUGAACUUCCUACUGGACUACUAGAGUCAUAUUCCAAUGCUCUGAAGGCUUCCAGCAGAAAGGGGAACCGAUACAAAGGAAUUUAUCCGUAUGAUUAUAAUCGCGUGAAAUUGAUGAGAACAUAUGCAAAUGAGAACGAUGACUUUGUCAAUGCAUCUUACAUACAUGGUUUCAACAAAGAGCGGGCGUACAUAGCCGCACAAGGUCCUUUUAAUCCCAAGACGUUGGAUGAUUUCUGGACGAUGAUCUGGCAGAAUGACGUCACAAGGAUCGUCAUGCUGACCAAUCUGUACGAAGGAGAUAGGAUGAAGUGUCUGAAGUACUGGCCGGACACGGAUCUGGACAUCGGUCAAUACACCAUAAUACUGGACAAUGUGGAUGUGUAUGACCACUACGUGCUGCGAUAUAUGGUUGUUCAUUGUCAGGAAGAGGAGAAAAAGGUGACACAGUUUCACUUCACCACCUGGCCAGACAAAUCCAUCCCCGUUGAUCCGACGUCACUUAUUUAUUUCCGUAACUUGGUCAGAAAUGGACUCACUGCAUCUGAUGGACCGAUAGUCGUUCAUUGCAGCGUUGGAAUUGGGAAAACUGGAACAUUCAUUUCAUUCGAUUACCUCCUGGAAGAGGGCGCUGCAGAAGAAACAAUUGAUGUCAAGGGGUACAUUGCUUCUUUAAGACAGCAGCGCGGAGGAUCUGUGCAAACGUGUGACCAGUACAUUUUUCUUCAUGAGUCACUUGUGGAAGGAUUUUCAAACAGCAAUGUUCACCAUGGUUGUCUAUCUGUGUUGUAACAUCUGAGUGUACGAGAAAAAUAUUACCAACUUACACGCAAAUAGUUUGCUUGAUUUUCACAUAAGGAAAUAUAAGUAUGACAAGAUUGAUUCGAUGUCACGUAACAGGAACAUAAGAAUACUAAAGUACAUUUUAUUCCUCGUGCAUUGCUCAUGUGUACAUUCUAUGCAGAUUAUUGUUUCAUAGUAUGAUUUUUCUCAUGUCUGUUUAAAAUAAAUCUCAUUCCUAAUCAGAUAA